AAGAGAACAAAAGAGAACAAAUAAAAGAAAAGAAAAGAGAACAAAAGACUUUGGGGUUAUUAAAAAAAGAAAAGAGAACAAAAGACUUUUGUGACUAUAAAUAUUGGCCACCACCUGCUUCAGAGUUCACACCACACCCUCAGUUCUUCUCUCUCACCCACUGAGCAGAAAUAGAGAUGGCGGAAGCAAUUCUCUUUAAUUUUGCGGAGCAGAUCCUGGAGCAGCUAGGUUCCCGAGCUCUCAUCGGGAUCGGAUCCGCUUGGGGCAUCAAAGGCGAGUUCCGGAAACUGGAGAACACCGUUUCCACAAUCAAAGCCCUACUUCGAGAUGCAGAGGAGCAAUCCGCCACCAGCCACGAGGUUAGGGAUUGGCUCGGGAAACUUAAAGAUGCGGUUUAUGAUGCAGACGAUUUGCUGGACUAUUUCUCCACCCAAGCUUCGCGGCGGAAAGCUUCGCGGCGGAAAGCCGUGACUCGUGGGAAUCUCAAAAUGGUAAAGCAGGUAUGCAGCUUUUUUCCGAGUUCAAAUCGGCUUGUGCUUGGUUUCAAAAUGGCUCGUAGUGUUAAGGCCAUCAGGGAGAGACUUGCUGAGAUUCCAUCCGAUAGGAUUCAGUUUCAUUCUACCACCAAUUGCACUGUGGAAAGUAGGGGAAGGGCGCAGACUCACUCUUUUGUCCGCAAAGAAAUAGUAGUAGGGAGAGAUGAUGACAAGAAAGCAAUAAUGGAACUCCUACUGGAUGCUGAUGGGGAAAGAAGCGUUUCAGUUAUUUCUAUUGUUGGCAUGGGAGGACUAGGAAAGACCACCCUAGCUCAAUUAGUGUACAAUGAUGAGAUAAUUAUUUCAUAUUUUGAGCUAAAAAUAUGGGUUUGCGUCUCAAAUAAUUUUGAUGUGAGGAUUAUUGUUGAAAAAAUUUUAGAAUCUACUGCUGAUAAAAAAUUUGAAAGUCUAGAAAUGGAUAAAUUGCAAAUUUUCCUUCGAAAAGAAAUUGAUGGUAAGAAAUAUUUACUUGUGUUAGAUGACGUGUGGAAUGAGAAUUGUGAUAUGUGGUUGAAAUUAGAAGAUUUGUUAAUGGGCGGUGCAAAAGGAAGUAAGAUUUUGGUAACCACACGUAGUAAUAUUGUUGCAAAGGUUAGCAGCACCAUUGCAUCUUAUCCUUUAAAGGGUCUAACAAAUGGAGAGUCUCGGUCUUUGUUUAAGCAAAUGGCGUUUGAAAAUGGGGGAGAGCCACGAAAUCCUAAAAUAGUGACAAUUGGACAGGAGAUUCUAAAAAAGUGUUCAGGAGUUCCUUUUGCAAUAAGGUCUUUAGGGAGCCUCUUAUAUUGUAAAGAUACCGAAGUUGAAUGGAUGUCUUUCAAAAAUAUUGAACUUCCUAAAAUUCCCCAUGAUGAAAUUGAUAUUAUGUCUAUAUUGAAAUUGAGUUAUGAUCAUCUGCCGCCACAUUUGAAGUACUGCUUUGCUUACUGUUCAUUAUACCCUAAAGAUUAUAAUAUUAACAAACAGUCAUUGAUUGACCUAUGGAUGGCACAAGGAUUUAUCCAGUCAUCUAAUGGAAAUGAAUGUUUAGAGGGUAUUGCGGAUAAAUAUUUUAUGGAUUUACUUAGGAGGUCCUUCUUCCAAGAUGUAGAAACGGAUGAUUUGGGCAAUAUAAUUGGUUGCAAAAUGUAUGAUCUCAUGCAUAAUCUUGCCCAAUUUGUAUCAGGGGUUGAAAGUUCGUUGGCUGAUUUAGAGGAAAAUAAUAUUGUGGAAGGAACUCGUCAUCUUUCAUUAAAUUUCAAUUUCAAUUCAUCAUGUGAAAUUCUGCCCCCUUUCCUCAAUUCAAGCAAGAUAAGAACAUUUCUUCUUCCCAUGCAACCACUAUCUAAUGCAAACUUGGUAGUGGAUAGAUCAACUUGUGAGACAAUUAUCUCAAAGUUUAAGUGUUUACGUGUGUUGGAUCUGAAUAACUUUGGGCUUGAAAGUGUGCCCAACUCUAUAUGUAAGUUGAAGCAUUUAAGAUAUCUUGAUCUUUCUGGGAACUAUGGUAUCAAAAAACUCCCAAAAUCUAUAACGAGGUUGCAGAAUUUACAGACAUUGAAACUCUCCUAUUGUAUUGAACUUGAAGAACUGCCAAGAGAUAUGAAAAAUUUAGUUAGCCUUAUACAUCUUGAUUUGGAUGGUUGUCGGGGUUUGACUUAUAUGCCAUGUGGACUAGGAAAGCUGACUACUCUUCAAAGGCUAACUAGGUUUGUAGUGGGCAAAAAUGGUUCCAGCUCAUGUGUUGCUAGGUUAAGUGAGUUGAGUAGCUUGGACAGCCUAAGGGGAGAGUUGACAAUAUUGCAUUAUGGGAACUUGAAGAAUACAUCAUCAGAAGGCAAGACAACAAUUUUAAAGAAGAAAGAACACCUUCAAAUCUUGAAUCUGAAAUGGAACCAAAGAUAUGAUGGCAGUGAUGCUGAUUACAAUGCAGUAAUGCAAAGCCUUCAACCACACCCAAAUCUUAAGGUGUUGAUGAUAGAAAGGUAUGGCGGCAGACGGUUUUCGAGUUGGAUAAUGGAUAACAUGGCCUCCUUGGUUCCGAAUCUGGUGGAAAUCAGACUAGUAAAAUGUGAAAGAUGCCAGCAUCUCCCUCAAUUUAGUCAGUUACCCUUUCUCAAGUCUCUCCAUCUUGAACUUAUUAGCUGCGUGGAGUACAUGGAAAAUAGUUGGAGCCAUGAUUCCUCUUUUACAUUGUCUUCAAGCCCUUCCUUAGAAGGGAUAACAGCUGCAGAAGGAGUGGGGAGAAGAGGAGAUUCGACUAUCUUCUUCCCGUCCCUAGAAAACCUUUUCCUCUGUGAUUUGCCUAAUUUGAAGGGAUGGUGGAAGAUGGAUAAUGGAAUGGAAACAGCAGCUGCAGCAACAGCAAUGACAACAAUAGCAGAACAGCAACAGCAUCAGCAAAUGUUAUCUUCCACAUUGUGGUUUCCCUGCCUUUCCAAAGUAUCAAUCUUUAGAUGCCCUAAGCUGACAUCCCUGCCACUGCUUCCACACCUUGAACAAUUGGAACUAAAUAAUGUCAAUGGGAAGCUAUUACAACAUUUGAUGAUGCCAAUGAUGAUGGCAACCGCAAUGUCAACAACUUCUUUUGGAACCUGUUCUUCUUCACUCACUUCCUCCUCUUCUCUUUCCAAAUUAAAGUUCCUUAGUAUAAAAGGCAUUGAGGAUCUAGAAUCUCUGCCAGAGGAGGGGCUGCAAAACCUCUCUUCUCUAGAGCAUUUGCUGAUUUGUUGGUGCCCUAGACUAUUGUAUUUGCGAGGAGGGUUUGAGGGUUUAAAUUCUCUGCGCUUUCUUGUUCUUGAGCAUUGUAAUGGCCUAAGGUCUCUAUCUCAAGGCAUUCAAUGCCUGACUGCCCUUGAGGAGCUAAAGAUUCUACAAUGCACAGAACUUGAUUUUUCAAAGGAGGACAACAUGCAGUUGGAAGGCCUUGGGAGCCUCUGUGCACUGGAAAUUGUUGGUAUUCCAAAGAUGAGGUCUCUUCCAGCCUGGCUGCAGCCUGUUUCAACGCUGCAAGUUAUACAGAUUGGAGACUGUUCUGGUUUAACAAGUUUACCAGCAUGGAUUGGCAACCUCAAAGCACUUCAAAAGCUUCAAAUUUCCAGCUGUCAUGAGUUAGAAUCACUGCCUGAAAGCUUGCAUUGCUUAACUACUUUACGCUAUCUGAGUAUUCAUGACUCGAAUGAAUUAUCAGCACGAUGCCGAAGGGAAACGGGAGAAGAAUGGCAAAAAAUUGCUCACAUUCAAGAGAUUUGGAUUGAUGACACAAGGAUUUAACUGAAGCUGCCAAGCUGGUGACACAUUGAAAGAGAGUGAUAUCCCCAAGCAUCCACAGCUCACCAAUACAAACCAAUAGUCUUGGAUGGGCGACGCAAUUCUUCUAAAAUUAGCCGCAAAUUGGCUGAUUGCAGAGUCCAGAGGAGCUUUGACCAUGAAGACAAAUAUGCUCAAGUUUGAAUCUCUUGGGCCCUGCAAAUUUGCAAAACCAGGCUGCAACUAGAAGGGGUAUUUGUCCCAAUUUCUGUUUUCUUAAUUUUGAGUCCAAGUAUAUGGGCAAAGAAAUUUUUAAAAAAGAAGUUAUUUUUUCAAACCAUUUAUUUGUUGUUUUUGAUGCGUAUCAAGCGAAUGGAAGGAAAUCUUUGUGUUCAAGCACUGGAGUUCAUGUGGAUCAGUGUUAAAAAAGUUUAGACAUUGAUCAACUCUCAAACGGAACAAAAAAUACUCAUCAAGCAUAGUAAGAUAGGGUUCUGGACCUUCUGGUGAUGCUGCAGCAGCUGUUUGCCCACAGCCCAUCAUUAUUUUUGUAGGUGGGUAGGCACUUGCACUGCUGUUAUCGAAGAUGGUCAACCAGUGCAAGAAUGAGGAAAUCAUGAGUGUUUGAAGGGAGGAAUUACAAUAACAGAAGCCAUCCCUGCAAAAUAAUUAGCAGCAUUUCUUGAACAUGAAGAUCCUGCGGUGAAUAAAUGAUGGUGAAUGCUGUCUCUGAACUUUGAACCUAUGAAUUCUCCAAUUACAAGUUGGACGCUUUAACCAUUCAGCUAUGGAUGCUUAGCGGGGAUCCUCGUACAUGAUGAAUAACCAAAUUCCUAAAAAUCUUUAGGAGAAAUCAAUGCAGUUUGGAAGGAAUCAAUGGAACGACAUCAAUUCAAAUCCUGGAUUUUUUAGUUUAGUAACGUUUUUUUCGAUGGCAUUGAAGAAUGUGGGUUGCAGAAUCUCUUCAUUUAUGUAUUUUAUCUUCACUAAAAAUUUGGCAUCUGUGGAGGAUGCUUGAAUAACAUUACCCCAUUUUUUGGUCAUUGUUAGCUGGAUUUUCUGUUGUAAUUGGCUUCUAUUUUUGUCCUUUCUUUAUUUUGUUCCUCGGUUUUUUCUUACGAGGAUAUCUCAUUUUUGCCUGUACACCUGCAUUUAAAAACAAAAUCCUUGUUUUUUAUUGCAGAGAGCCUGGAGAAAGUUUUGAGAGGGUUGUUUUCUGAUA